UGGCACUUUUUUCCGGAGUUUUAUUUAGAUCAUAUAUAUUUUCCUUUUGCUGUAGAUAUUUUCUUUAGCUGGAUGGUACAUAUGAUAAGAUCUAUGCUGUUCUUGACACUAUAUAUAUUGGUCUCGUCCGCUGGAAACUUAUAUAUAGACUUUGUUUACUGGGAUGCUGCUCUAGCUUAUCUGUUUCUUGCUAUUCCAAUGUAUGAAAAAUUCCUGCUCUUUAUCUCUUUUUUCCUGAAUUUUAGUAGAUGAGUGGGAUUACUACUCUUUCCAUCAAAAAGAAAAACUUAUGCUCUGUCUAUUGCAUUCCUUGGUCAGCUACUCAAGUUUUGGUUAUAAAAACUAAUAUAAUCAUCAUUAUAUUAGAAAGCACUAGAGAUUAAAUGAUUCGACUGUAAUACAACAUGUUUCUAUCAGGGUAAAUUUUUGAAUAGAAAGCUUCUUGCUUUUCCUGUUGUUUAUAUGAACGUGUUCUUUUUUCUUUUUUUUCUUUUUUGGCGCAUUUGAAAUAUCUCUGAGAUACUAUUUAGGAUAUGGUAAAAUCAAGUUUUAAGGGGUACUGAUUCUUUCUUUCUGGAUUUGUCAAGCUCAUAUUUGUAUUGAUUUCUGAUUCUUUCACUUUUUCAGUUUAAGCAGGGAAUAUGGGUGUGGAAAAACAGAAGAAGUUUCUUACAGUUGCUCCUUUUGAGUGUGCAUGGCGUGAGGAGCUGAGGUUUCGGGAGGCUGGGCGAGGAUGUGUUGCCUUUGAAGCUUUUGCUCAAAAUGAUGUCACCUUGGUGUUCAGGGAGCAAGUGGGAAGCCAACAUUACCAUUACAAAAUGGAUAACGGUCCAAAUUACACUGUCAUUUUGGGCAGUCAUAGGAAUCGAAGACUGAAGAUUGAAGUGGAUGGGAAGACUGUGGUGGAUGUUGCUGGUAUUGGACUGUGCUGUUCCUCGACGUUUCAGAGCUAUUGGAUCGGCAUAUAUGAUGGCUUGAUUAGUAUUGGCAAAGGAAGAUAUCCUUUCCAGAAUCUUGUUUUUGAAUGGCUCGACUCAAAGCCCAAUUACAGUGUUCAAUAUGUUGGGUUAAGCAGCUGGGACAAACAUGUGGGCUAUAGAAAUAUCACCGUCUUGCCCUUGACACCAAAUCACAACAGCCUCUGGAGCCAUAUUGACUACAAAGAAUGUGAUGUGGGGGAUGAUGAGGAUGGAAGGUCGGAAGAUGCAACUGAUGGCUUUGAAAAAUGGGGGCUUUGGAAUUUUUUGGAGACUUGGGAUCUUUCUGAUACAUUGUUUGUAGUUGGUGCUGAAGGGAAGGUUGUUCCUGCACACAUGGUUAUAUUGAGUGCUUCAGGGGAUUUCUCUUCUAGAUCUGCUGAUGGUAACACCAUUGUACUUCCAUCGACAACAUAUCCUGUUCUCCAUGCUUUUCUGGAGUAUAUCUACACUGGUCGGACUCAAAUUGUCGAGUCGCAGCUUAACUCUCUGAGGGAUUUAAGCAUACAAUUUCAAGUCUCCCCAUUGACUAAGCAGUGUGAAGAAAUUAUAGAUCGUUUUAAAAUGAACAAAAGAAUAUUUGAUUUCGGUAAGAAAGUGGAAAUUGCAAACACUAGUUGCGAAGUUAGGCAGUUUAGCACCUUGCCCUUCGAACACCCUGUUGAUGUACGGAAGCUCAAGCAUUUCCUUGCAACUGGUGAGCACAGUGAUGUAAACAUAUAUAUAGAAGGGCAUGGUCUUGUUGCCCGGUCACACAAGCUCAUUAUUAGUUUAUGGAGUGUGCCAUUUGCAAAGAUGUUCACAAAUGGAAUGAUUGAAAGUAAUUCUCCAGACAUUUCGCUCAGGGAUGUCUCUGCAGAAGCUUUUUCAGUCAUGCUUCAAUUUAUGUACAGUGGGAAACUUGAGAUGGAUAGCAUGGAAACAAGUUCCUUACUAAUCCCACUACUUCUGCUGGCAGACCAGUUUGGGGUUACAAACCUUCAGAGAGAAUGCUGUAGAUGCCUUUUGGAUUGUCUAUCAGAGGAUACAGUUUAUUCCAUUCUACAAGCAGUUUCAUCAAUCCCAUCAUGUAAACUGCUUGAAGAAAGUUGCAAGAGGAACUUUUCGAUGCACUUCGAUUAUUGUACAACAGCCAGCAACGAGUUUGUGUUGUUAGAUGAGGCAACUUUUAAGGACAUUCUUCAGCAUGCUGAUAUGACUGUAACAUCAGAAGAAAAAGUUCUGGAUGCAAUUUUAUUAUGGUGCAUGCGAACCUCUGAUAUCUGUGGCUGGGCUACAGUAGAUGAGUUCUUGGGUUCUUCGACUCCUGAACAGCUUUUUGGAGAGAGGCUUCCAUCGAUUGAUAUGUUGUUACCUUUUGUGCGUUUCCCGUUAAUGCCAUUGCAUUUACUUCAGAAGCUGGAGAAGAGCAGGGUUAGCAGCCAGAUUCCUAUAUUUGAGCAGCUGGUGAAGGAAGCAAUUCAAUAUUCUAGCAUGGGAUAUAAAAUGCCAGUAAUUGAUCAGAAUUUUAGAUUCCAACACAGACGGUCAAGCUAUAAGGAGCUCCAAUACAUAUGCGAUGGCGAUAACAAUGGAGUCAUUUAUUUUUCUGGGACAUCAUAUGGGGAACAUCAGUGGGUAAAUCCUGUUUUGGCUAAGAAAAUUACUGUAACAGCAAGCAGCCCUGCUUCUAGGUACACUGACCCAAAGGCAUUGGUAUCAAGGGCAUAUCAGGGCACCUCUUUUGCUGGACCUCGGAUCGAAGAUGGCAAGAAUUGUGCAUGGUGGAUGGUGGACAUUGGGCAAGAUCACCAGAUGUCAGGAUCGCUGACUGUCACACCGUUGCUUUACACUGGGCAAAGCACAAGAUACGCAAUUGCAUUUCUGUUUGCAGAUGAACUUUCUAAAGCAGAAUAUUUGGUUUCUUUUCUUUGUUAUUUCAGCUCAUGUGCAACUACUACACCUUGAGACAGGAUGGCUCCACCACAUACAUGAGGUCAUGGGCUUGCCAGGGAUCGAUGGAUGGUGAGAAUUGGACCAACUUGAGAGUUCAUGAAAACGAUCAGACAAUCUGCAGGCCUGGCCAAUUUGCAUCAUGGACCGUAACUGGCUCUACUGCACUUCUUCCUUUCAGGUUCUUUCGAGUCAUUUUGACAGGCCCUGCCUCAGGUGAUUCGGAUGCGUGGAAUCUUUGCAUUUGCUUCAUCGAACUAUAUGGUUAUUUCCGCUGAUCGAAUAAUAUGGAAAUCCUGCUGGAAAUGUCCUUCAAUGAUCCAUCAUACAUUAAUGUGUACCCUGUGCAAGUAGAAUAAAAGGCAUUCUAAUUCCAGAUUUUGCUGUGCAAAUUCACAUGUUAUAUUUUACAUGCAUCUCCAGCUUAAUUGGUGCACUUGACUGUCCAUUCUGGAAGUCAGUUUGUGAUGCUCCUCAUCUCCAUUCAGUGGCUUGAGAGGUAGGUUGUGGAUGAAGCAUGCGAGCUAGCUAUUUGAAUAGCUGUAGUGUUUAUCAGCGUGUAGAGUGUAUUAUUGGGGCUGAAUUUCUACAAUGAAGCAGAGGAAGCUCAAACAAGGCCUCUCAAAUCAAAUAUUACAUAUCAAUAUUGUUGUGGUUGUAAGUUUAGUAACCUGGGUAUAUAUAAAAGAACCCAAUGGUGGAUGGAAAGCUCAACAAGCAACAUGAUUGAGGGAUCAUAUUAAAAGUCGGUGGAUGGUGUAUACUGGUUGGUAUUUGUUACUGCUUCUGCUUGCUUGGAUUGUUUUCCUAAAUUGUAAACUAAAAGAAGCUGGAUUUUUGUGAAA